AUGAGCGGCCGCGAUCUCUUCGGCGCGCUGCAGGAUGAUCUCAUCCAGCACGUGCUCUCCUUCCUGCCCUCUCGCGAGGCGGUGAAGUCGGCCACGCUCGCCCGUCGUUGGCGCCACCUGUGGAGAUCAACGCCCGCCGUCCGCGUCAACGGCUCCGGCGAAAAAUUUCGCCUGUUCGUCAACAGCCUGCUGCUCCACCGUGAUGGCGCCUCGCCGCUGCACUCGUUCGAGAUCGAAGCCAACCUGUUGGUAGGCGGGGAGGACUUCGACGAGUUUAGCGACUACGAGUUCGACCCGCGCGAGGUCGACCCUCACGUCGACCUCUGGAUCAGGCACGCCGUGUGGACUUGCCGUGCCCGCUCCCUCGUCGCCCGCUUCCAAGAUAGCCCCGUAAUGUGGUGGCCUCAGAACCGGCAGUCAUCAGCUUUUCCGCACCGGCAGCAACCAUUCGCCUCCCCGCACCUGACGACGAUGCACCUCCACCGCGUCCAACUCCACCACGACCAUCUCCUCGACUUCUCCCCCUGCCGGGCGCUUCUGAACCUCACCCUAAGCGAGUGCAUUCUCGACGGCGACGCCCUGCUAUCUCCCUGGCUGGAGCGCCUCUCUAUCAUCGGCUGCGGCACUGGGAUCCACCCGAGCAAACAUGGCCCCAUGGGGAUGAGGAUUGCCACGCCCAGACUCCGUCAUCUGCAGCUGUCCGAUGACUACGACGAGGACUGCUUCUCCAGAGACAUGUAUGAUUAUACUGAUCUGUCGUCAUCUCUCGAGAGCAUGCCCUUGUUGACCAGUGCCAGCAUCCAGCUUAUCGGCACCACCACCUUUGAUGAUGAUCAUGCCACUGCCGAGCGCCCUUUGCUUCUGCAUGGCUUGGCGGAGGCCACCAGCCUGGAGCUCAUAGCCUCCACGGAAGAUGGAAGGGCGAUCUUACUGAAGGAUUUGACAUGGUGUCCUACAUUCACCAAGCUCAAGAUCUUGAUGCUUAACGAGUGGUGUGUGUAUGAUGAUGUAACUGCGCUUGCAUGCCUCAUGCAGCACACACCAAGACUGGAGAAUCUCAUUUUGCAACUUCAAUUCGAGAAAUCCCAUGUUCUUGAGGUGAAAACAGAUAGUCAUAUUACAUCAGAACAUUCAUGUCAUACCUUUGAGCACCUUAAGACUGUGGAGAUAAAGAAGUGUCGUCGAUCUUAUGACAUAAGGGUUAAAGAAAUUUUGAAAUUGCUCGGUGACUGGGGCAUACCCAGCAGUAAAAUCAGUAUCCACUACAAGAAAUCUAAAGAUGAAAAGAAACACGCAAGUUCUAGCACCAGACGUGUUCAAACAACCAAAUGCAUGUAAUGAAGGAUGAAAUUCGGUAUGGAUGACAAGUUGUUUCUCCAGGUUGUUAGCAGCAAGAGAAGAUGGAAGUCUCUUUUGGUUCUCGUUUAGUUAGUCGAAGAUGUUUGGCUUUUAAGGACUUUUGUGAGGACAUUGUUUAUGAUCUUCGUUCACACUAUGAGUCCACGCGUGCAUUUUCUCGUU